AUGCCUGUCAAAUUACUUAAAUUUGAUGAUAAACAAUGGCAACAUGAACUUUCUAUUACUAAUGAAUUUUAUGAAAAUAUAAUUGAUAUUGUUCUAAAAAUAAAUGCAUUUAUUAAUGAUGUUCUUGAUGUACCUGUACAACCAUACAAUGUCAAUGAAGAACAAAUAAAUAAUGGGUAUAAUAAUUAUCAACGUACAAAAGAUGAUAAUAAUAAUUAUUAUUAUCAUCAACAACGUCGUUAUGAAUAUAAUGGUCAUAAUGGUGUAUUUAAACAAGUUAUGUUUAUUCCAAGUAAUUAUGUUGCACAUAUUGUUGGUAAGGUAUAUGAUCUUGAAAUUUACGACAUAUACAAUUAA